GCGAAUUCGAUAGUUGUUACCACAAGUCUAGGAUCCGGAUCAGGAUCGUUUCAUUAUGCUCCUAAAAAAGUUGCCGCAGCUUCUGCCAUUACGGCUCUCAACAGCCAGACAAGUAGCCAAAACCGCCACCGCUGUGGAUCCGAGAUCCAAAGAGAACAUUAAAUCAAAUAUCAAAACACAGCCUCUUAUCAGUUGCCGGCGCACGCAAUUUAAUUUGCUACAACAUGAACGUGAAGAUGCCAAGUUUGGUACCUUGGAAUUGGCAUCCAAGGGUUGGCUGCACAACAAAUCAAAAGGGGACCAUUUCACCCUGAAUCCUUGGUUGACAUCAGACCACCUGCAGCAGGAGAUGCAACCUGUGGAGUCGCUUAAUUUAGCGUUAGAUCAGCAAUUGCAGGAGAAUCUUUACGAGCAUUUGCAAAUUCGGAAAUUAACACCCAUUCAAUCGAAGGCCAUGCCAUUAAUGCUCGAUAACUUUCAUACGCUGAUAGCAGCUGAGACAGGAUGUGGUAAAACCUUGGCCUACCUUUUGCCUAUUUUGGAUAAACUCCUAAAGACUAAGAGAGAAAGAUGUUUGAAUACUCCUCGUGCUUUAAUACUGACACCUGGUCGUGAACUAGCCACCCAGAUAGCCCAGGUGACCGAACGUUUAAUAAAGGGAACGGAUCUGAAAGUAAAAUGUCUGCUCGGUGGUCAGACGAAGCAACUGAUGAUGAAUCCUGAAUUCGAGGAAGUGGACGUCUUGGUGGCCACAUUGGGUGCAUUAAGUAAACUGGUAACGACAGGCAUUUAUCGCAUGGAGCAAGUGCGUCAUGUUGUGUUGGAUGAGGCUGAUACCAUGUUGGAUGAUUCCUUUACAGACAAGUUAACAUACUUUCUGAAGAGAUUCCCUUUCCAUUUGAAUCACCUUGGCGAUAAAAAUACGGUGGGGACCCAAUUGGUUCUGGCCUCGGCCACAUUGCCCACAAAUACCCGGGAGAUUUUACAGCGUAUUAUUGACGUGGAUACUAUCCGUGAGGUGGUCAGUCCCCAUUUGCAUCAUUUAAUGCCUCAUGUACAACAGAAAUUCUUACGCAUCACCAAAGCCGAUCGUCCGGCCAACUUACUCUCACUAGUCAAACAGGACAUGUCCAAGAAGCGACCCGUUAUCGUGUUUAGCAACAAAUCAGUGACCAGCGACUAUGUUUCCAUCUUCCUUAACAACAUGGGCGUAAAUUGUCUCAAUCUCAACGGAGACAUGCUCAUGAAGAUUCGCUUGGGUCGUUUCGAACAGUUUCAAACGGGUGAAUGUGACAUCCUCUCCACCACUGACGUUGGCAGUCGGGGUCUGGACACCACUCGGGCUAGGCAUGUCAUUAACUUUGAUUUCCCCCUGCAUGUAUCCGAUUACAUACAUCGCUGCGGCCGCAUAGGACGUGUGGGAAAUGUUAUGCAAAAAUGCCUUGUGACCAACCUGAUUUCAUCCAGGCGAGAAAUCGAGGUGGUCCAGCGCAUUGAACAUGCAGCCCGAACCGGCGGAUUGUUACCCAAUGUAAAUGCCAAUAUUAAAAAUAUUAUCAAUCGUCGCAUUAUGGAGGAAAUGAAGGCGGCGGGGAUAAAACUGCCAGAGAGUCACGAAGAGGCGUUUUAGUAUCGAAAUACUUAAAAUAUUUAUACCUCUAAGGGAAUUGCCAAAAGAGUGCAUGUAAAAAGGCUUUAAACUAUAUUGAAUUUUAUCACGAUUGAAAUAUUUUAUUAUCUUCAAAAUUAGAAAGUUAAGCUGAAAUAUGUAAAGAUUUAUACCAUCGAUAUCUUUACAAAACUCCAUUCAACAACAAAACGAGAUGCCUUGUAUUUUACCCCAUCAAAACUCUUAGUUUUACAUUUAGAGAAUAAAUACGUAUUUGCUUUAUAGUUAUAACAAUUGGACUCUUUGGGUGUCCCGAAAGAGGUGUGAAUUCAAUACAAUUAUGUUAAGAGUAAUUCUAAGUAAAUAAAAUGUUGACGUUGAUUAUUUUUCUAAAU